AACAAAGGCCCGAGCCCCCCCCACCCCCGGGAGCCCAACAACAGGGCCCAACGGCCCCUGGCUCCGGGGUGGGGGGAUCGGGCCUGGAUCGGCUGCCGGUGCCUGCCAGUGGGGGUUAGGCUUGCUGAGGGGCAGGCGCAGGAGUCCUGGCUGAGCUCACGGCCUGAGGCUGCCUAGCGGCCGCGGGGAAUGGUUGCAAUGGCGGAGGCAGAGGCAGGGGUGGCAGUGGAGGUCCGUGGACUGCCCCCUGCCGUGCCCGACGAGCUGCUCACGCUCUACUUUGAAAACCGCCGACGCUCUGGAGGGGGACCUGUGUUGAGCUGGCAGAGACUGGGCUGUGGGGGCGUCCUCACCUUCAGAGAGCCUGCAGACGCCGAGAGGGUCUUGGCCCAGGCAGAUCACAAACUACAUGGUGCCCAGCUGAGCCUGCGGCCAGCUCCACCACGAGCCCCUGCACGCCUGCUGCUCCAAGGACUGCCCCCUGGCACCACAACCCAGCGCUUGGAGCAGCAUGUCCAGGCCUUGCUGCGUGCCUCGGGGCUCCCAGUACAGCCUUGCUGUGCCUUGGCCAGCCCCCGGCCAGACCGGGCUCUGGUCCAGCUGCCCAAGCCCCUUUCUGAGGCAGAUGUCCGUGUCCUGGAGGAGCAGGCCCAGAAUCUGGGCCUGGAGGGGACCUUGGUGUCCCUGGCCCGGGUUCCCCAGGCCCGAGCGGUGCGUGUGGUGGGGGAUGGUGCCUCUGUGGACCUGCUGUUGCUGGAGUUGUACCUGGAGAAUGAGCGCCGCAGUGGUGGGGGGCCCCUGGAGGACCUGCAACGUCUACCCGGGCCCCUGGGCACUGUUGCCUCCUUCCAACAGUGGCAAGUGGCAGAACGAGUGUUGCAGCAGGAGCACCGGCUGCAGGGCUCAGAGCUGAGCCUUGUCCCCCACUACGACGUCCUAGAGCCCGAGGAGCUGGCUGAGAACACCAGUGGAGGGGACCACCCGUCCACCCAGGGGCCUAGGGCUACCAAGCAUGCUCUCCUGAGGACCGGAGGGUUGGUGACGGCUCUGCAGGGUGCAGGGACUGUGACAAUGGGCUCUGGCGAGGAACCAGGGCAGUCAGGGUCCUCUCUGAGGACAGGUCCCAUGGUGCAGGGUACAGGGAUUAUGACAACGGGCUCUGGCCAGGAACCAGGGCAGUCAGGGGCCUCUCUGAGGACAGGUCCCAUGGGGUCUCUGGGACAGGCAGAGCCAGUCAGCUCGAUGCCCAUGGGUUCUCUGGAACAUGAGGGGCUGGUAAGCCUGAGGCCUGUGGGGUUGCAGGAACAGGAGGGGCCCAUGAGCCUGGGGCCUGUGGGGUCUGCAGGCCCAGUGGAGACCUCUAAGGGGUUGCCAGGGCAGGAGGGCCUGGUGGAAAUUGCCAUGGACUCACCAGAGCAAGAGGGGCUGGUGGGUCCCAUGGAGAUCGCCAUGGGGUCUCUGGAGAAGGCAGGGCCUGUGAGCCCAGGAUGUGUGAAGCUGGCGGGGCAGGAGGGCCUGGUGGAGAUGGUGCUGUUGAUGGAGCCAGGGGCGAUGCGCUUCCUGCAGCUCUACCAUGAGGACCUUCUUGCGGGCCUGGGAGACGUCGCUCUCUUCCCACUUGAAGGACCGGAUAUGACUGGCUUUCGGCUCUGUGGAGCCCAGGCUUCCUGCCAGGCGGCUGAGGAGUUUCUGCGGAGCCUGCUGGGCAGCAUUAGCUGCCAUGUAUUGUGCCUGGAGCACCCGGGCAGCGCCAGGUUUCUCCUGGGCCCAGAAGGGCAGCACCUUCUCCAGGGGCUGGAGGCUCAGUUCCAGUGUGUCUUUGGGACAGAGCGCCUGGCCACAGCCACGUUGGACACAGGCCUUGAAGAGGUGGACCCUACCGAGGCCCUCCCAGUGCUCCCUGGCAGCGCCCACACCCUGUGGACCCCAGACAGUACAGGUGGUGACCAGGAGGACGUGAGCCUGGAGGAGGUCCGAGAACUGCUGGCCACCCUGGAGGGCCUAGACCUAGACGGGGAGGACUGGCUGCCUCGGGAGCUGGAGGAGGAAGGGCCUCAGGAGCAGCCAGAGGAGGAGGCGACCCCAGGGCAUGAGGAGGAGGAGCCUGUGGACCCCAGCACUGUGGCACCCAGGUGGCUGGAGGAGGAGGCCGCUCUGCAGCUGGCCCUCCACCGGUCACUGGAGCCUCAAGAUCAGGUGGCUGAGCAGGAGGAGGCUGCUGCCCUGCGGCAAGCCCUAGCCCUCUCCCUGCUGGAGCAGCCCCCGUUGGUGGCAGAAGAGCCCCCAGAUGGGGGGACUGAUGGCAAGGCCCAGCUGGUGGUGCACUCGGCCUUUGAGCAGGAUGUGGAGGAGCUGGACCGGGCGCUCAGGGCUGCCUUGGAGGUCCACCUCCAGGAGGAGACGGUGGGGCCCUGGCGCCGCACACUGCCUGCAGAGCUGCGUGCUCGCCUGGAGCGGUGCCAUGGUGUGAGUGUUGCCCUGCGUGGUGACUGCACCAUCCUCCGUGGCUUCGGGGCCCACCCUGCCCGUGCUGCCCGCCACUUGGUGGCACUUCUGGCUGGCCCCUGGGAUCAGAGUUUGGCCUUUCCCUUGGCAGCUUCAGGCCCUACCUUGGCGGGGCAGACGCUGAAGGGGCCCUGGAACAAGCUGGAGCGUCUGGCAGAGAACACCGGGGAGUUCCAGGAGGUGGUGCGGGCCUUCUACGACACCCUGGACGCUGCCCGCAGCAGCAUCCGCGUCGUUCGUGUGGAGCGCGUGUCGCACCCGCUGCUGCGGCAGCAGUAUGAGCUGUACCGGGAGCGCCUGCUGCAGCGAUGCGAGCGGCGCCCGGUGGAGCAGGUGCUGUACCACGGCACGACGGCACCGGCAGUGCCUGACAUCUGCGCCCACGGCUUCAACCGCAGCUUCUGCGGCCGCAACGCCACGGUCUACGGGAAGGGCGUGUAUUUCGCCAGGCGCGCCUCCCUGUCGGUGCAGGACCGCUACUCGCCCCCCAACGCCGAUGGCCAUAAGGCGGUGUUUGUGGCACGGGUGCUGACUGGCGACUACGGGCAGGGCCGCCGCGGUCUGCGGGCGCCCCCUCUGCGGGGUCCUGGCCACGUGCUCCUGCGCUACGACAGCGCCGUGGACCGCAUCUGCCAGCCCAGCAUCUUCGUCAUCUUCCACGACACCCAGGCGCUGCCCACCCACCUCAUCACCUGCGAGCACAUGCCCCGCGCUUCCCCCGACGACCCCUCUGGGCUCCCGGGCCGCUCCCCAGACACUUAACCGAAGGGGCCACCCUCUGGCCUCCUGCUUCCCAGGCUCCCGGCUCCGCACAGGCUGAUGCUCCCCGCCCCCAACUGUGGCCGCCUGAGCUGUCCCCGGGGACGCCCCUGCCUCCCUCUGCGGGCUCCAGAAGGCGGUGUGGGGGAUGGGGUUCAGCAGCGGCCGAGGGGGGCUGGGCUAGGUCCCCGCCUGGGCCGACCCCACCACCAGGGGUCAGCAGAGCCCAGGAGGCGACACCGCCCGCCCGCCGCUCCCAGACCUCGCCCGAGUCGGCUCUGUUGUUUGAAUAAACGUGAACGUGAACCCAGGCGGAAGGGACCCGGGAA